AGCACAUUUGUGGCUCAAAGUUGCUGCAGAAAGAAACUGCUGAACUCAACCAGUGCAUGGAGCUGAACGUACAGGAGAAGAGAUGCAAUGGCAGAGCCUGAGUCCCACGAGUCGAAGGGAUCUUUGGUCUCCAGAACCUCUUCCGACCCGGAUAGAAUCGAUGAGACGACACUCAAUGCAGCGUUGUUCUUCACCGUGAAGCCCAGCGAGCUGCGGAUUUUAUCGGUCUUGGGUUCUGGUGCACAUGCCAAUGUGUACCAGGCUGAAUGGACCCGGACCUUUGCAGCUGGCACCAGCUCCAUCAUCGUUGCGGUGAAGCAGUUGCACACCGACCUGGGUGAGGUUUAUCGAAACAGAGAGCGGCUCACGAUGCUGACGGACCAUCCCAAUUUAGUAAAGUGUGUGGAUUCGACGCUAGAGCCGCCUUACCUCAUCAUCACGGAGUUUUUGGCAGGUGGGAGCCUUUUCGAUUUGCUCUACAACAGCUCACAACAGCUGUCAAUAUGGCAGCAGGUCAAGAUCUUGCUGGACAUUGCCAGUGGUAUGAGGUAUUUGCAUGAGCAGAAGCCUUGUAUCCUACAUCGAGACUUGAAGAGCUCCAAUGUGCUGCUCGCGAAGCCCUUGAGGUCUGCUACGCAAGAGCCCUUUGCCAAGGUGGCGGACUUCGGGCUUGCGAGAGCUUCUGACGAUGUGCAGCAAGCGAUGACGGCCGGCGUUGGCACCUGGAGAUGGAUGGCACCAGAGGUGUUCGCUUCAGAUCCCGAUUCAGAUGACGCCGCCUACAACCUGCCUCUGGGCCGGAGAGAUGGAGAUGAAGAUGCACACGACAACACUGGUUGAAACCGGGGGCAGCCAGAGCGAGUUCAGAGAGGCGGUGUGAAAAGAGGGAAUGGACUGCUACAGCGACUGAGUUUUGUUUGGUUGAAAUGCAGCAAUCGGUUUGCGAGAUUGGAGGCCAUUCAACCUUCCCCUUCAAGGGUGGAUCCCGUGUUCAAAAGGCAUUGGGUGAUGUUGAGAAAGUAUAGACGACAAACUGCACAACCUCAAAAUAUUUGAUCCAAUUUAGAUGUCCCAUAGGGAUGGGAAAGACCUGAAGAUAUGCCUGCAACCACAGGUUUGGAGUUUUGGAUUGCAUCAAACGGGAUCCCUUCCCCUGGUGUACGCAUGCAAGUUCUUCUGGAGCUUUGACAGGUAAUGUCAAUCUGGAUUACAUAGCGACUACAAAGACAUAAAAAGACUACUAUAUAGAGAAACGUAAUAAUAUAGCA